CUCCUCUGUUUCUUGCGACGAAAAAAAAUUUAAAAUUUAAUCUGCCAAAAGUUCUGAUGAGGGCAAAAACAAACCGUCUUAAACGCUCUAAUUUCUUAUUGUUUUCAAAAAGUCACUAAAUUAAACUUUUACAAUACAAUGUUAGAUAUUUUCUUCCCUUCAUGAUAUGAAAUAGGAGUUUCUAUCCCUGUUUAGAUCCUCAGAAUCCUAGGCAGGAUUUCCGUAUCGUGAUCUGCGAUUAAAUAAUUGCAUACUUGGCAGCGGCACCGCGAGGAACUCAAAAGAAACAUCACAGAUAUAAGAUCUCUUUUAGCUACCUCUAAGCAAACCUCUUCAUGUUUUAUUUUUACAUUGAAAGUUUAAAAUCCAUUAGUUGUUUUAGCGAUUACAGUUAGCGUGACAGAGCCCGGUACAGAAAUAUCCCCACACCCUUAAAUAGAAAAUUUAAAAUUAGCGUAAUUAAAAAAAUAUUUACUUGUUUGCUCGGAAAAUUAAAACUAUUCCCUUGACUGCGAGGAAAACAUUUACAUACUAGGAAAAAAUCGUAUGAUCAUUGUGCUCCAUAAAACUAAAUUACAGAAAAGUGAUAAACGACAGAGACAUAAUUUACAGAAAAGUGGUUUUUACGGACAAAAUUAUGUUUCUUUUGGUGAGAAACCUUAUUCAAACUGUGGAUGCGAAAUAUCUUAAACAAAAAUCAUAGAAGCAAAGUUCUUAAAUUAAUCCAAUAACUUCCUACAAUUAAUAUUCACACUGAAAUUAAGUUUAAGCUAUUACUUAAUUUUUCAUUCUUCAGAACAACCUAAUUCGUACAGUAUGUGCAACAAAACAUUCACACAUAAAGAUAGUUUAAAUAAACAUUAUCUUAAACCUUAUUUAUGUAGUAUGUGUGAUAAAUCUUUCAGGCGGAAAGAUACUUUAAAUAAACAUUUGCUUAUCCAUGCUGGAAUAAAGCCUUAUUCGUGUAGUGUGUGUGAUAAGUCUUUCAGGCUGAAAAUUAUUUUAGAUAAACACUUUCUUAUCCAUACUGGUGAAAAGCCUUAUUCAUGCAGUGUGUGUGAUAAAUCUUUCAGGCAGAAAAUCAUUUUAGAUAAACACAUUCUUGUUCACACUGGAGAGAAGCCUUAUUUAUGCAGUGUUUGUGAUAAAUCUUUCAGACAGAAAAGCAUUUUAGAUAAACAUUUUCUUGUUCAUACUGGAGAAAAGCCUUAUUUAUGCAGUUUGUGUGGUAAAACUUUUACAAAGAAAUUUAAUUUAGAUAAACACUCUCUUAUUCAUAGUGGAGAAAAACUUUAUUCGUGCAGUGUGUGUAAUAAAACAUUCUUAUGGAAAAAUCACUUGAAAGAACACCUUCUUGUUCAUAGCGGAGAAAAAUCUUUUUCAUGUGGUGUGUGUGAUAAACCUUUCAGUUCUAAAAGAAGUUUAAAUAGACACUCUCUUCUUCAUACUGGAGAAAAGCCUUAUUCAUGCAGUUUGUGUGAUCAAUCUUUCAGACGGAAAGAUACUUUAAAUAAGCAUUUGCUUGUUCAUACUGGAGAAAAGCCUUAUUCAUGCAGUUUGUGUGAUAAAUUUUUCAGACAAAAAAGUAUUUUAGAUCAGCACUUUCUUGUUCAUACAAGAAGAAAGCGUUUUUCAUGCAGUUUGUGUGAUAAAACUUUUGCAAAUAAAUCUAAUUUAACGAAGCAUUCUCUUAUCCAUACUGAAAAAUAGCCUUGUACCUGCAGUGUAUGCAAUAAAUGUUUUUGACAUA